AUGCCUGCCCCCCACUUACUUCCCACUACUGCCAUGCCCGCCACGCCUUUUAGUGGUUAUUUGAUAUAUGUUCACUACCUAGGCCAAUUAGCUAAAAAUGAAGAUUUUAUUUAUGUGUGUCCUUGUGCUGCGGUGAAGUGCGAAUACUGUGCCUGUUUGAAGAAAGCCUGCUUGCUGGUGCUAGUUUCCUUACAAGCUGCAGUCACUGGCGCCCUUGGGCAAGGCGCUGGCGACCGGAAAAAGGCCAUCAAUAAGGUAGUGAAAGACAUACACGCCUUCCGCAAGAGGGUGAACGGCGAGUCGGAUGAGGCUUGUCAGACGCGGGCCCUGCGGUCCCUUAACCGCAACGUCUUCUCGUUGGUGAAUACCUUGCGUGAGCACUGGGGUAUGCCAUUGGUGGACGCCUCUGAAAUGGAGGACUUUGAUGAUCUCUUCGCUGGCGAAGUGGAGGAAUAA